AUGACAAGGAAGAAUUGGCACCUCCUAACACCACUACAAACUCGUCGGCUAAACGGUGCAUUGAACAGAAUGCCUGUGAACUUCUAUGAUCGUGUGUGGACUAUUCUAUCCAGAUCAAGAGAGGGCAUUGUCAUUGCAUCGCAGUUCCUCCCACAGGUAAUUAGUUAG